AAUGUCGGGUCGCUCUGCACAUCCACGUGUCGUUACCCGGCUCUCUCUCUCUCUGACCGACUUUCCGAGAAACGACGUGCCCCUCCUUCGGGGUGACGCGAAUAUAAAUAAAGCCACCAAAAACGCCGCUCAGCGUUCAGCCCUCUCUCGCCCAGCUGAGCACGAUAGGGCAUCGUUAGCGCUGGAUAACAGGAAGAUAUUUCUUCCCAGCUCCUGUGUGUGGGUUACACACCCCGUGAACUCCAACAAUGGCGUCUGGCACCGAUCAUCUGGACGAACUUGAUCAAUUCUACAAAAAGAAAGUUGAAUUUCCACCUAAACAGCUCGAAGGCCACAUCAACACUGCUACUCGGGAGGUGGGGAAACUCCUGCAAGAGAUGAAAAAAUUUCAAAAACCAGGCUUGGAACCCGUCAUUGCAGAUAAUAUCAUUCCCACCGGCAGCUCGUACGAAGGACUCAAAGUUCGGGGAGAAAUGGAGCUGGAUUUUAUGAUUCCUCUCUCUCACCCUGAAUUCAACUUUGUCCCACUCUCACAUGCUAGUGUACCAGGUGGCUAUCGUCAAUUAAAAGUCGAGCGACACAAACAAUUGCAAAAGCCCCAGACCGUAUCAACACCAUCAAAUCCAUCAUUUGAAAAUGAAUUCACCGAAGGCGGAUUCCUGAUCCCAUCAAAGGUAUAUCAUUGGUUUCAGUCAUUAGCAGACAGAGCAAUGAAUAGCAUACGAGAUAAGGUUAGAUUUCCUGUGAGGUUUACAGGCUACCAACCAGCCCGUAGGCUCGUCAUAACUCUCAGCCCUGACAAUGAAAUCUACGUGGACCUGGUCCUUGCGGUCUUCAUUGGGGAUGGUCUCUACGUCGUGGCCAAGCCUUUGAAGAUGGCCCCAGAACUGCUUCUCUGGAGGCUGUCGUUCUCGGUCUUCGAGAAAGACAUCCUGAAUCAGCUUCCGAGCUCUUCCUGCCACCUGAAGACCCUGAAGAUCCUCAAGUACCUACGGGAGCACGACACUCGGCUGGAGGAGACGUCGCAGUUUGCGAGUGGGAUCUGCUCGUACCACCUGAAGACGGCCUUCUUCCACCUGCUGACGCGCACGCACCCGACGCAGUGGGAGGACACCGCAAAGAACCUGCGUGCCCGCCUUGACGACCUCAUGGAGCUCCUGAUUAAGGGCAUGGAGGAAGGGCAGCUCAACCACUUCUUCCUGGGAAAUAAAUCGAGCCUGGCAAAGAAGGUGGGCGCGCGGAGCAUGAAGAGUGAGGCCGUUCUCAAUCUCUUUGACGCAAAAUUUAUGAAUGCAACCACCCUCAAUCAGGCCAAGGGGAGACUCAUCAUCAUUAAAAGCUCUCUGCCUGCCAUACUCAAAAAAUACUAAUCCGUUUGUGUAGCUAAACUAAGGCCUACUGAUCUAUGUAGCUUUUUUUUGUCAUAAGUGGCCUGGCCACAAAUGAUACCACUAAAGAAGUGGCUCAUCAUGUGCAAAUUUAUAGCAGCCAAAUACUCUAAACGUAUGUUGAUUCUAAAAGCCAGAGGAACCAGAGAAAAGUCCACGCGACCACGGGGAGAACAUGUGUAGUGACUUAACUCGGAGACACGAAGAGUUGGAAGCACUUCUUUUAUUUAACCGAGCACCCUUGGCACAAUACACAGCCUAUGCUGGUGCACACUCUUCUGUCACUCGCUUAUGCACAACUCUACGUGUGUCGCUAGCCUAUACACAACGCUAGCCGUCUAACACUGACGGGGCUGAACCGAGACAGCCAACUAGCGUCUAGCAGCGCAAUAUCGACGGCGAUGCAGGCGACGAGGCGACAGCGACGAUGGCGGUGAUCUUCAACAGCACGACGAGGAUCCCACUCCAAACGACAGCCUCGAGCUCUUGCCCAGGGCCCCCCUUUUAUGCUCCCAGCGUGGCCUCGCUCCGCCAUGGCCACGGCCCUUCUCUAGAACCUACCAGCGGGUUCCUGGGCUUUCCCCACGUGCCCCUUCUGUAACCUUUCCCCCAGAUAUCCCCUCUGGUGUAUCACGUGGCCUGCUGACGUCAGGGCUGCUGUAAGCCGCAGAUGCCCUUCCCCGCCAGCAGCCAGCACUAUGCUGCUACACUACUUAUUCUAUGCCACUACACAUGUCAACUCCAAAUAUACGAUUUCCUGUAUACCAGGCGAGGUAGUAUGUUGGAGAGUGGAUUUACUCUCCAACGUACCGGUGGGCUGAAGUAGAAACUAAUUUGCGUCUUGUUCACAUGACAAAUCCCUUACUAAUUUGCUGUGUGUGGGUGGUG